CAUGGGGAACAGCACAUCAUCUUUGGAGAAGUCAGCAACUACACCUCUAAACCAGAUCCAAGAAAUAAUUUCUGAUAAUUGUGUCUUGAUUUUCUCAAAAACAUCCUGCUCUUACUGUACAAUGGCAAAGAAGAUUUUCUAUGACUUGAACAUUAAUUAUAAAGUGAUGGAAUUGGACGUGCUUGAAUAUGGGAGCCAGUUUCAAGAUGCUCUAUACAAAAUGACUGGUGAAAGGACUGUUCCAAGAAUAUUUGUCAAUGAAACUUUUAUUGGAUUGCCAACUGACACACACAGGCUUCACAAAGAAGGGAAACUACUUCCACUAGUUCAUCAGUGUUACUUAAAAAAAAGUAAAAGAAAAAAAGUUCAGUGA